AUGAUGCUGCUGAUGGAUGGUGGCCGGUGGAAGGCCGGGCCCGUCCCGGGCGGGGGCGUCUGGCUGUUGGGGCCUGUGGCCACCAGAGGGCGCGCGCCCCCGCUCGGGCCGCCGCUUCCCGGGAAGCCCCGCGCCGCCCCAGCACCGACACCGACACCGACACCGACCCCGACCCCGACCCCGACCCGCCGCCACCAGCACCGGCUGCAGGACCGGCUGCAGGACCGGCACCACGACCGGCACCACCACCAGCAGCAGGACCAGGACCAGCCCAACACCAACCAGGCCCGGGCAGAGGGGCAGGGGGCGCGGAGCACGGAAGGGCAGGACGGUGACGGUGAGUGGCCGCCGGUGCCGGGCCGGAGUCAGAGGAGGGUCCGGGAGAGCCCGGCCCGGGGCACGGAGGCCGCCGGACCCCGGAUCAGCCAGGACCUGGUAGGCGGGACCGUGGCCAUCGACACGCUGCCCGACAACGAGACCCGGAUCGUGGAAGACAACCACAGCUACUACGUGUCACGAGUUUACGGGCCCGGCGAGGCCAGGGCCAAGGAACUGUGGGUGGACGUCGCGGACGCCAACAGGAGCCAAGUCAAAGUGCAUGGGAUCCUGUCCAACACCCACCGCCAGGCUUCGAGAGUGGUCCUGUCCUUUGACUUCCCGUUCUACGGCCAUCAUCUUCGGCAGAUCACCAUAGCAACUGGAGGGUUCAUCUUCAUGGGGGACGUGAUUCACCGGAUGCUCACGGCAACGCAGUACGUAGCGCCUUUGAUGGCCAACUUCAACCCCAGCUACUCCCGCAACUCCACCGUCAAAUACUUUGACAACGGGACGGUGUUUGUGGUGCAGUGGGAUCGGGUCUUCCUGCAGGGGAAGGAGGACGCUGGCAGCUUCACCUUCCAGGCCGCCCUGCACAGUGAUGGCAGGAUUGUCUUUGGCUACAAAGAGAUCCCAAUAUCCGUCCUGGAGAUCAGCACCACCCAGCACCCGGUCAAAGCCGGCCUCUCCGACGCCUUCAUGAUUCUCAACCCGUCUCCUGAGGUGCCAGAGUCUCGCAGAAGGACGAUAUACGAGUACCAUCGAGUGGAGCUGGACACCAGCAAGGUGACGAGCACUUCGGCCGUGGAGUUCACACCAUUGCCAACCUGCCUUCAGCAUCAGAGCUGCGAAGUUUGUGUCUCCUCAGACUUGACCUUCAACUGCAGCUGGUGUAACGUCCUUCAGAGAUGUUCCAGUGGGUUUGACCGGUAUCGUGAGGAGUGGCUGACCUACGGCUGUGCCCAAGAGUCGGAGGGCCGGACCUGCGAGGAUUUCCACGGGGAAGACCACGACGCCUCGUCCCUCGAUGGCUCCGCCACCCCCUCCGACGGAGAGCUCACCACUUCGGCAUCAUCCCUCUUCAUCGAUAGCCUCACCACGGAGGAUGACACAAAGUUGACUCAGCACACAGGAGGAGAUGAACUGCAGAACAGCCUUCCUCCCAGGACAAAGAGAUCUCCGGUGCCCGCGGGGACAAUCGUCGGCAUUGUGCUGGCUGUCCUCCUCACCGCAGGCAUCAUCCUAGCGGGGAUUUACAUCAACGGCCACCCCACCUCCAACGCCGCCUUGUUUUUCAUCGAGCGCAGACCUCACCACUGGCCGGCCAUGAAAUUCCGCAAUCACACCAACCACACCACGUACACGGAGGUGGAGCCCUCGGGCCACGAGAAGGAGGGCUUCAUGGAAGCGGAGCAUUGUUGAGAGCGGACUCAGAACUUCACCUCCUCCCCAACUCCUGUGUCUCGGGGCUGGAUUCUUUCUCUUGUUCUGCGACAAACUCCCUGUUGACGAUGGGGAAAGAAACUGGCUAAAAUAAAAGAAGAUCCGGUGGGGUCCUGGAGAGAACUGGUCGGAGCUCGUCGGAGACGUGACUCCUUUACCCUGGCACGUGAAGACUGAUGAAUCACAGAAUCGGGGUCCGCAGUUUGGCUCCCCACAAUUGCCAGCUAUCAGAGCAAGAAAGAGAUGUAAUUUGUUUGAUUGUCUGUGAUUUGGAUAGCAGCUCAUGCUGCCCUUGUUUUGGG